AUGGGGAGAGAUGUCGUCUUCCUGCUGCUCCUCGCCGCAAUCCCGGCCCUCGUUCUCCUCCAUCUCGCCGCAGCGCCCUAUACCAAGGUAGAGGAGUCGUUCCACAUUCAGGCUAUUCAUGAUAUACUGUCCUCCGGGAUCCCGACUCGCAAUGUCUCCGAGAUACUGCGCACAGAAUACGAUCACUUUACCUUCCCUGGCGCCGUCCCUAGGACGUUCGUUGGCGCCGUGAUGCUGUCCGGUCUGUCGCAGCCAUUCAUCUGGUUGAAGGCCAACAUUGACAGACAAUUCCUCGCACGCGCCAUUCUGGGUCUCUUUAAUGCUGCCUCAUUGCUUGCAUUUGCUUCUGGUUUGCGCCGCACUGCCGGCAAGACCACCGCAAUCUGGUACCUACUCUUCCAAACUAGCCAAUUCCACAUCUUCUACUACGCAUCGCGAACCCUGUCCAACAUGUUCGCCUUUGGCCUCACCACCUUGGCCCUGCGAUAUAUCCUUCCAGAGCCCGUGAGUCCCGCAGUGUACAAGAAACGGGCCCGUCUCUCCCUCUACCUCAUGACCGUCGCCGGCAUCAUCUUCCGCUCCGAACUGGCCAUCUUCCUCGCAACCAACACCGUCUUCCUCUUCGCGACCCGUCGCAUCAGCAUUCAGCGCGAGAUUAUCCCCGCCGGCAUCCUUGGCCUGCUCGUCGGCCUCACCUCCACCGUCCUCGUGGACUCCUUCUUCUGGCAACAAUACCCCCUCUGGCCUGAACUCGCAGCCUUCAAAUUCAACGUCAUCUCCGGCCAAGCCUCCGCCUGGGGCACCCAUCCCUGGCACUUCUACUUCACCAACGCCGUUCCCCGUCUCCUCCUCAACCCUCUAACCUACGCCGUGGGAAUCCCAUUCGCCCUCUUCCAGCCCUCCACCCGCCGCCUCGCGGCCAACACCGUCAUCCCUUCCCUGUUCUUCCUCGCCAUCUACAGCGCCCAACCCCACAAGGAAUGGCGCUUCAUCAUUUACACCAUGCCCGCACUCACUGCCGCCGCCUCUCUCGGCGCAUCAUACAUUUGGACCCAUCGGACUAAAUCCCUCCUCUACCGUCUCUUCUCCCUAGCUAUGCUCGCAUCCACCUUCGCCUCCUUCCUCCUCUCCACCUUCGUUCUCCUCCCCGCCUCGUCGGCAAACUACCCCGGUGCUCACGCCUUGAAUACCCUCCACGCCUACGCCGAGAACACCAACUCUUCCUCAUCCCCCGACUCCAUCUCCGUCUACCUAGGCAACCUCGCCUGCCAAACAGGCGUCACCCGCUUUCUCCAACACCCAUCCUCCUCCUCCUCUCCUCUUUCAGAGCCAAUCAAACCCUCCUGGCACUACGACAAGACCGAAGAUGAAACCACCAAGUCAUCACCGACGUUCUGGUCACAGUUCGACUACGUCCUGGUCGAACCAGGUGAAGAGACGGAGAAGGUCCUCGGAUCCUGGGAAGUCGUAGACACAGUUGAUGGGUUCGCAGGGCUGAGGAUCGUCCGUCCUGGUGAUGAGGCUGUCGGGGCUGUGGAGGAGAAAGUGGUAGCGUAUGUGUUUGGAGAUGAGGGGGUGAGGCUCUUUGAGAAGGGAAGGGAGUUUGUGAGGAAUGUGGUUACGAGGGGUUGGUGGGUUGAGGUGAGAAUGGAGCCGAAGAUUAGGAUUUUGAAGAGGGGGGUGGAGGUAUAA